CAUUUUCUGGCACAAUCAAAUUCCCACUGUCUUUGCGCUCUUCUAUCAUUGAAUGAUGCUGGUACCGCCGGUAUUGGAACCGGCUUGCAUCAUCACACGUGUACAACGGAAGAGAUUGAGGCCUUGUGCGUACCAGUAUGCUGGUCCUUCUCUGGUACUGUAGUAGUUGAAGCCAAGUUGUUUUUUCAUAUCGCAUCAAUUUCACCCACCCAGUGAACCUUCAAAAUGAUGUUGUCUCUUGAGGCUCCGACUUGUUGGGCACUGCUGUUGCUAUCGUUUCUACCAGUACAGCUGGCAUCAGCCAAAAAUAUGAACAAUGGAGUCUAUCACAUAGCCAAUCCCGCGGCUACAAAGGACGGUUCUCCUGGCUAUUCGACAGAGUACCAAACUGAGUACUUUGAAGUCUACUCAGCCGUCAUCAGCACCUACUAUAGCCAAGUCUAUUGGGCGCUGUUGGAUCCAGUGAAAUUGCCAGAACAUAUCCUGAAGCGCUUCGCCAACAAAACUAUGGCCAUUGUUGGUUACGAGGUGGAUCAAGUACAAGUACAGCCUGAUGGUACAGAGAUCCCCGUCCCUAUCACCCAUGCGUACAACCAUCACUACCUGACAACCAUCUGGGAUUCCACAAAGGUAGAAUUGGUCAAAAGAUCCAAACCAACACACUAUGGACAUAAUAAUGGCCAUGGAGAGCCGUUCACGUUUGAGGAUCUUUCUCCUCAACAAGGCCCUGUGAAAUUAGGAGGCGUUCAGAUUCCUUCCAAGCAGAGUUUCUUCGAGGGCAACGGAGCCGAGAUGAGGCUUUCCUACCACGGAUAUCCAAAGGGAUAUGCCCAGCUGGUUCACAAUCCAGAUUCAUGGAGUAUCUACGUUAUGCAAAUCGAUACGUGGAAUCGGGAGGAAUCCUCGCCCAAGUUCAAGCCUGGUCCACUCCCCAAAUCGUCUCCUGUGUACAACGAUUCUACAGCAACCUACAGUGGCUUGCUGGAAUGUCCGUGCAAUGAUAAAAUGUUGAGCACCAAGGUGUAUUACAAACGCUACAAAAGUUUGAAUCUUUCUGAUGAACACCAAUGCGUAGGCCAACUGCGUAAUGCAUCCGAGUGCUGGGAGGGAGGUCAGUUUGUCGCGCCCACUCCUAACGUGCGCACACACAUGCUGAAGGGGGACGAUUCGAAACCACCUUUUUGCAGUGUCAGGCUACACGAUGAUGGCGCUUUGGAUGUAUUCUGGAAUGACAUGGCCGACUCGGUGCUAGACCACCACCAAGUGCGUGAAGAUCCCAGCAAAGUGAUCGGCUUUGUCUCCAACAACGCCAUCAAUGCCAGCGUCUCCUUGGAUUCUGGUACGAACGCUGCGACAUUGACCCUGGUUGGUCCUGCUGAUGCCUGGUUUGGAAUGGCUUUGGGGACCGAUACCAUGUGCAACGAGGCCUGGGAAGGAGAUGAAUGCCCCGAGACCGGUGCUGGGCCUUACGCCAUUAUUGUCUCUGGUGAUUCCGUCCAAGAAAGGAACUUGGCCUUCCAUGGAAAGGGAGUCAUUCUGCCACCUUCGAUCAAGGUUAUCUCGAAUACAGUGGAAGGGGGAAACCGCACUGUAGUUAUCACCCGUUCCUUGCAAGGCGCAGAUGACCGCUACUUCUCCUUUGACUCACGCGGUGCCCUCAAUUAUCAAGUACCUGUCAUUGUUGCUCGCGGUUGUAGCUUGACAUUUGCCCAACAUUGUCAACACGGUUCCACAAUGCUCAACUUUAUCAAGGUCGAAACUCCCUUGCAGAUAUGCCAAGAUGGGAUUGUUUCGCAAAUUGGAGGACGCAAUUUUGAAAUGGAUGGAAGAUGCCCCCCGGAAGCCAGUUCACUGUUUGAACAAAAGAAUCCCUCUUGCUGGUUAGAUACCUAUCAAGGUGGACUCAGCUGUUGUCAUCACCUCCAGACGCUCCUGGAUUCUGACCAAUAUAUUCCCUGGAAGGAUCAACUGUUGGAGUAUCAAAUCAAAUUUCGGUACUAUUUCGAGGAGUACGUUCCUGCCAAGGCAACAGCUCCACCCUCGCAUCAGAAUCUGUAUCGUAUAUACCGCCAGACUGAAUCAUUUGCUGGCGAGUAUGAUGUGGUGCAAUGCCCCCCUGGAACCCCACCAUCCCAAUGCGUUCAUCAGAUCACUGCACGAUUUUCCGUCUUGGAUUUGCAGAAGGACUCUGGAAGAGAAGACGCCGACGGGAUUCAACUCGUCUACGCUGGACCACAUUGCCAUGCUCCUUCUUGCUUGAGCAUGGAGCUUUACAAUGCGGACACGGGGCACUUGCUGUGCCGAUCAGAACCCAUCAAGGGACAGUCAACAGACAGAGUGUAUGACGAAUUGGGAUACAUUGCCAUUCCACCAUGUCUGUGGGGGUACGAAGAAGGAUUGAUGGACCCCAUCUUCUUGCCAUCCAACGCAACUCUGCUGGCGAUAAAGCGAAACAACAAUACUUUGCUGCACACUGGAGAAAUGGCAUCAUGGCAGUGCCGUGGCGUGUUUGUAGUGAACAAGAAAACAGGUGCAGAAACUGGGGAUCGGGGAAAAGCCGUCAACAAGGAAAAGACGAUGUUCCAAAUUGACGUUGCCGAGAACGAUGAACAGGAACUAAACCAACGAAGCCGGAGGGGAAGCCCGGAAGUGCCGGUAUAGCCUGUCAUGUUUGUCCCUGUUGACCUCUCCUCUACUGCCUUCAUGAUGUACACAAUUGUCAGCUGAUCCCUUCGUGGAAUCGAUUCAAGACUGCAUAAGUUGUGCUUCUUUUCAGCGGACGGAUGCACCCUUAGCCACACUACCGGAACUCUAGCCAGCAUUUCCAAAAAGCAAGGUUGCAUAGCAUGCCCCCCCCCCCCAUUUUUGAAGCAUUUCAUCCAGUCGUUUGACUACUGUUUCUCGAUUCCCUCGGUUGGUGAUUACAGCUGUGAUUCCCUUGGGCAAUUUGCCAAACCACGGAUGCAACGACUGUUCGUGGGGAGGCAGCGUACUCUUGACCAUGCGAUGGACCUUUGUUCGGAAAUAGUCUUGACAUUUACAGAUCUGCUCAAUGCCAUUGAACGUCAGGGCCACCUUGCUUAUCCACUUUCGCCAAGUAGAGUUGCCCUGACCUUGCACCGUGUACUAGGACACGUUUAGAGUGCGGGAGCUCAUGAAAUCGACGUGAUGUCGGGGAUUGGACACGUUUAGAGUGCGGGAGCUCAUGAAAUCGACGUGAUGUCGGGGAUUGGCGUUGACUCUCCAAUUGUUUCGACUGGUACCAUGUCCUUCCAACCGGAUGAUCUGAGAGGUUGGAAAGUGUCGAGCCUUGUUAGCUUCCUUUGGCGUUCAUUUUCCGGUACAAAAAAGCGCACACUUGGGUGGACGGAGAGGACCUGGUAUGCAUGAAUUGUAAGACCAUGCCGAUGCCAAAUGGCGUCCUGCGAUUGAAAGAAUGGCGGCACCAAGGAGGCCUGUAUAGAACAGGCUAUAAGACGGUUGUGUUCUUCAGGAUUGUGCAAGUAAGCUACUUUUGGUUUGAAUCAAUGCCACUACGCAACGACGUGUGCUGGCUCAACCUACUGGCAAGCUCAAAAAGCACGAGUUAAGAUAGCAAGCAACGUGGAACCUUCAUUGAGCAAAAUUGAAUGUAUCGUUUUGACCAAAAAGCUGGAAUUAAGUGCUUUCCUAAACACACAAAAAACUGAACGGAUUCAGACGAGAUGUGCUUGAGGACUACCCACGAGCUAAGGCCCGGGUAUUUCCCACAGUCAAGUCUGCUCACCGGCCACACUGGCCUCCUGAGAGGGUGCGACGCCUGUUAGCUAUCUAAGGAUUUGUACACUGAGGUCGGAGCCAUGAUUCACCACAAAUCACGAGCUCUUUGUUGAAGAGAGUUGGGGUUGGUAAAGAAGUUUGUGGGGGGUAGCUUUCCUAAACACACAGUGCACGUUGUGUGGGGACUCAGUAAGCUAUCUACUUUGCAUGAGGCAGCCACGGCACAUGCACACAGGCCUCCUCUCUCCAGGCACGUUGGACCCAAUUGCAUCCAUCACAACUGUACUGAACAACUAUUCCACAACAAGAAAACAAGUUUAAAUUGCACUGGACAACAUCGGAAGGCGGAUACCCCAAUUCCAAGACAAUCUUCACCUUGACAAAAAGAGAUUGAUUCAAUUCCACGCGAUUUCCAUUCGAAAAUAAAGAGAGUUCUACAGUGAGCGACUGAGGCCAUGAGGUUGUCGAAUGAAUGAAUGAUUGAUUGCACAGCAAGUGAAUGAAUCAGCUCGUAAAGUUCAAAUGGAACGAAGGUUGGGUGUCUUAAUCUUUCUUUUGAGUAGGAGCGAUAAAAGCUUCACGAAACGCCAAGUUUGACUUUUGGCAUGUCUUUCUUCCUCCUUCUGAGUAUGCGAGAAUGUUUUGCUUUCCCAGUUCGAAUAUUUCCUCUUCACAUUUGAUUUCUUCGUAUUUCAGUCCUUCCAGGAAUAGCAAGACUCUCCUUUGAUCCGAUGUAAAGGCCACAAAGUCCACGCCCAAGUGGGGAGAGCGAUUGACUUUUUGUGCGUCCUUGAAUUUGAUGACUUGUUUCUCUCUUCCAUUUUUGGAGUUGGUGAUGAUAAUUCCCCCGCAUCGGCGCUUGGCCCAUGCAUCGACAAUGGUUUGAAAGUGAAACCUCAAUUUGGAGUUCUUGAUCUCUUUGCGCGCCUGAUAAUCAAAGGUUGUAUCGAAUUGACCAUCGGAUGCCUCCAACCAGACAAUCUUGGCUUUUACCUUGACAUCCUUGCUGGCCUUCUUACCACCAAAUGCAAAUGGAUCCGCCUUGGCCUUCUUCUUUUUGCUCAUCAACACAAAUCCCAACAGGGCCAGCACAGCAACGACUGCUGCGCCCACGAUAAUUGGCAGAUUAGGAUUGUCCAUGGUCUCAAAUGAAUUGCGUACGAUAUACUUUCAGUGAACCAAAUCUCUCUUUUUCUCUGAUGAUGCCCGCCUUCUAUUCUACAAGUAGCCGGCCAGCGGAAGCCUUGAGAAGUGAUUCAGAGUUUAGAAACCCAGAGAGAUGAGAGAUCCCGCAGAAGACAACAAGUGGCAACAGCAAACCCGUGGCCUGGCUACGGUAACGCCGACCAGCACCGACUUACAUGUAGCUCACCCGCGCCCUUUUGUUGAUGAAGCAUCUAUCAUAGACCGGAGCUCUACUGUACUAGUACAGAAGCUACAUGUAAUAGCUAGCUAGCUAGUACUCAGUAGAAUGUGAUGCAGUUGUGAUACUUUCACGCCACGGCGAUAAACCUUAGUUGGUUUGUGUAGAUACCCAUCUAUUUAACCAUUUUUCGUUCAGCAAAGAGUGGUUUUACUACCCUGGCUGAGCCCGAGACGUCAAUGACCGUUGUAUUGAUUUGGGGUUAUCGUGAAGUACUCUACAGCUGGACUCGUCACUCUUUGGUCUAACCACUAUGUAGCUAG